GGCAGACAACAGCUACUCCGUCCCGAGUCCUUGAUUCGUCUAACCUAGACUGACCUUACAGUGGUCCAGACUAGCCAGGCUAAAAGUCAAGUCAAAGCUUGGAGGCCAAAAAAUUAAAAGUAAAAGUUGCGAUAGCGAUUUCCAAAGAGUCAAGCUGCCCGUAAAGCUUCCAGACAGCGCCCCGAUAAAAGACUGACUCUCGUUCACCAAUCUCCCAUGUCGUCACGACCUUAAUAAAAAGCUGUGGUGACUGGAACACAAUGCGGGACAAGGACAGCUCAUGAAAAUCCUCGGUCGAAUUGACGGGUCGAUAUACGGCGCCAUACGAUCCAGUCGCUGUAGCCAUAGCCAUAGCCACAGCCACAGCCAGAGCUACAGUCACAGCUCUGUGUCGCGAGCUAUUCACAUCCAGUCUCAGUCGUCUGCCCCAGGCCAGAAAGCGAGCGGCAAUGGCAAGGGCAAGCUCAAGGGCAAGCUCAUGGGAGAUGGCAGGGGCAAGCGCAGCAGCAACAGCAACAGCAACAGCAAGUUGCCCACCAGCAUCGCGCCUGCUCCUGCCUCUCCAUGGCAUUCCACCAGCAAGCGCAUCUCAGCGACCAACAGCGUCAGCCAGCUGCCCGUCAGUAAUAUCAAGAUAUCCAACUCUCCUUACUCGACAAUAACAAGUCCGGCCGGCCGGCCGCAGCGACCCUUGAGAUCCAAAUACUUCACCUCAUCUGUACCCGCACCUCCCAAGCGCAACUGGAACCACACAAGCUCUGCGGACGCAACCUCCAUGGCCCUUCCGCCCGGAUUUACUCCUCAGGUCCCCGUAUUCGCUGCUUUGCCGGCACCCCAGAGAAGUCGGGAAGAGCUUCUCUCCUUUCUCGAUUAUUACGAUGACGCAACGACCGUCGAGGACCAGCUGGAAUACCUCAAAGACCCAUACAUGCGGAAAUACGCUCCUGCUGAGACACUCGAACUCAGGGUUUCCGACAGGUACCACGAACUCACUGCUCCUUCAGCCGACGACGUUCAGAAAGCAGACUUUGAAGAGCAGCAGAUCAUCACCAAGUUGCGCACCGCCGUCUUCACGAAACUCAUGCGAGCUCACAGCACCGACAACGACUACAUCUACGAUCUGUAUCGCUCACUACCCCAACCACGCAUCACCUAUCUCCCCGCACGCUUGAGGCAUGGCCUCCUUGCCGCACUCAGUAUCACGGAGCGGAGGAACCCAAAGUCAAUGCUUCGGUAUUUCGCCGUCGUCGCGGAUGUCAAGAAUGCAGGUUUCACCCUCACCCGAACCGAGUGGAACACGGCCAUGUCCUUUGCUAGUCGUUAUGUCGGCCACUCUACAGACACCGAAGCUGAGGCUGCUUUGCAUUUGUGGCGUGAGAUGGAACACGACGCUGGGGUCAAAGGCAAUGAGGUAACUUUCAACAUUCUGUUUGAUGUUGCUACAAAAGCUGGCAAGCUUGCUCUGGCAGAGAUGACCUACCAGGAAAUGACCACACGGCGCAUCCCUUUCAAUCGCUACCACCAUGUCAGUCUUAUUCAUUUCUUUGGGCUCAAAAUGGAUUCCAUCGGCAUACGGGCUGCCUACAAAGAGAUGGUUGAUCAUGGCGAGGUCAUCGACCAUGUGGUCCUUAACUGCGUCAUGGCCAGCUUUUUACGAUGUGGGGAGGAGUCUGCGGCGGAACACGUCUAUCGAAUGAUGAAGCUCUCAGACGAAAGAUCCAAGCUCAUACCACACCGCGACUACACGUUCAAUAAGAUGGUGACCAAAGUUUUGCUCAUGUUUGGUCGCAUGGGUCGGAAAGACCCAGAACUUCGCGGUGCUUUUCAGGCCGCAGGGGUGGUGACACCAGACUUGAACACCUAUCGCAUUCUCCUUAACUAUUAUGGUGUGCGGUGUGGAGAGAUGUUGAGGGUCGCCCAGUUCCUGGAUGAGAUGAAGUUUUUCCGAGUUCCUCUCCAUGGCGCUGUUUUUCUGGCUCUAUUCAAAGGAUUUGCCAUUCAUGGAGGGCCCAACUCGCAGUGGUCAGUGCAGAGGCUUACGAGCGUCUGGACUGCUUUCCUCGAUGCAUAUGAUGGCGGGGCGGACGGGUUAUAUAUUAGCACAUGGAUGGCCAUGUGGACGUUACGGGCAUUUGCAAAGUGCUCGGGAUCUCGAGAACAGAUCUUGGAAGUUUAUGAGGAUCUCAGGAUCAGGUGGCCGGCUGAUCAUGCCACUGAUAGUUUCAUGUUGGAUUUUUUGCAUAAGCUUCUCUUGAAGAAUGGCUUGUCUGUAAAUACUAUGCCCCAAUUGCGGUAGCAUUGCUAGGAGUUACGGGGUAGGGGUGUCAUAGAGUGUACAAUAUGGGGAAACCACGCGCUCAUUCGCUAUAUCUGGGCCUGGUACACGAAGUCCAUGCAAGUGCUGCCUUGUACAGAUAAAUGAAGAAAUAUUAAUUAACUCGUUCGAGG